AGUGAUACUUUUUCACUAGUACUCAGGUGACCGAUAAGGCCUGUGGGCCUCUUGUUGUCAAUAGGCGUGUUAGCAUCUAAAAUUUAUACAAGUGUCGUAAUUUUCAUUGACUUGUACGCAACUCGACUUUUGGACUGGAGGGAGGGGUUUGGAUUUUAUUCCUUAAACCGGAGGAUUUUGAUUCUGCUGCAAUUAAGUGAGUCAGAUGUCCUCAGAUAUAUUGAUUUUAAAACUGUUUCCCCACAUGAAUUAAAACUGUCGGCCUAUCAAGAAUAUUCGAUCCAAAAUACUGGUACAUACUAUCAACCGAUAUUACAGGAACUUUGUUAUGCGAAAUAGUACCUGUUUAAUUUUAUGGGAUAGCAUCAAUUUGAAAUGAUUAUCAGAAGUGAUGUCACUUAACGAUAUUGUGGUAUUGUCUUUUUGUUUAAGGGCUAUCACUUAAUUAUCCGGACGAAUUUUUCCUUAAUCGACUUACUUAUAUACAUAUAGUUACAGCAAUAUCUACAAAUCCAUGUAGUCUUAAUAUUAAUUAGUGGGUUUUUUUUUUUUUUUUUUUUUUUUUUAAUAUUUCAUGUCUUCCUCCUUCAUCACCCAUAAGAAAAAAUAGGCAGAUAUCAUUAAUUGGUGGGUUGACAUUAAAAAUAGUAAAAAUACAUGCACAUGUAUAUUCUCGAUAGAAUCUGCAUCUAGGUGACUGAUUUUUCGCUCAAAUAUUGAGUAAUCUCUAUUUUAAAAAAAUUGACAAACCAUUGCCAUACAAUUUGAUUAGUUUAGUUUUUUUUUAAAGAUAAAAAAAAAUGUCACAUUCUUUCUUCACAAUGGAAAGUUGGUCUUUUUGUUGAAUUGAGUGAAAUAUAUCGUCACUUAUUCAUUUGGAAGGAACAAGAAAUGAGCAUUCUCUCGUCACCAUUAUAACGACUUAUAGCCUUACAUAAUAGUCAUCGUAGAAUAAUCGUCUCUACGCUAGAAAAUUUAUUAAGUUUAAUUUUGCCGAUUUGAAUAAUUUCUAGUCCUUAUGUUUUUGGAAAGAAAAUACCCUUUAACGUAACCAUAUAGAUACUACAUGUAACUCGUAAUAUCGAGAUAUGACUGUUUUACAAUUCAAGCAAUCUUACGGUAUUUUGUUUCUUUGUAUCAAUCAAAGUAAAGCUAUUGUUGGUGGAAUCACGUGAAUUAACUUCUUGUUUUGUGUGAAUGGUGAAAAUAACGAACAGUAAUCAAUCUCAUAACUCCUAUAUUAAAGAAUACAAAAUAGAGAAUUGGGCAAUCACGGACCCCUGGACACACCAGGGGAGGGAUCAGGUGCCUAGGAGGAGUAAGCAUCCCCUAUCGACCGGUCACACCCGCCGUGAGCCCUAUAUCUUGAUCAGGUAAACGGAGUUAUCCGUAGUCAAAAUCAGUGUGCCAAGAACGACCUAACAAUAGGUAUGAAACACGUCAGACAGCAUUUGACCCAAUGCAGUCUUGUAUUGGCAAACUAGAUGUUUAAGAUAUUUUAAGAAAUUCGCUUGUUGUUUAGCUCCCAUGCACAUUUUUAAAACAUUAAAGUUCUAGGAAGUACACGUAUAAUAUUCAUUGAUCUCUACCAGAGUUAUCGUUCCCGCGUGCGAAAUUACGCCCUCUUGUGAGAAAUUGACAAUUCAUGUUUGUAUAUAUACAUGUAUAUUCUUGAGUCCUUACUUUAUGUGUAUACAUAAAUACCAUACCUUGCUGAAUCUUUACGCGGUAUGCUGUCGGCCAAUGACAGUAGUAACUAAGAUUUCUAUAAAUAGAACGUGGAAAGACGUGGAUUUCUGUUCGAGGCGUGUGAGUAAGCUGUUUAAAAGCAGCCAUUACAGAUUUUUGACAGAAAAAUGUCCACCAAGGGCAGCGUAAUUGUGGUGGGGGCCGGAAUGGCCGGGCUGUCGGCAGCAGAGCACCUUGUCCAAUCUGGCUUCACGGAUGUACAGGUUCUGGAGGCCAGCGACCGAAUUGGUGGGAGGAUAAACACACACACGUUUGGUGAAUACCAUGGAAACCCCGCCCUGAUUGAACUCGGUGCCAACUGGAUUCAUGGCACCAAUGGAAACGCCGUGUUUAGCCUAGCAAAGGAGAACAAUUUGUUGAACCCUUAUGUCGUAUUAGAGAGAAUGAAGGAACAAGUCUACUCGGAGGACGGAGGGAAAAUAAGCAGAGCUUUGACCGAAAAAGUUUGGAAGGUUUUCAAAGAGAUAGAGAUGGGAUUGGAGGAUAUUGUACCCGAGGAUACAGACGCUGGUGUGGAUCUGGCUAGUCACAUCACCUCUAUGUUAGGGAAAAGACUGAAAGAAUUCCCAGACAACCAACAUUCAGACAUUAGAGCACUGUUUAAUCUCAUGCAGAAUUACCUUGCCUUUCAUACAGGAGACAAUUUAGAAAAUAUGCCUUUGAAAUAUGCUGGCUGUUUCAGAGAGUUAAGUGGUGGAGAAAUAAAAUUACCAAUGGGGUUUAGGAGUGUUCUUGAUGUCAUCAUGCAAAGAUUGCCACAAAAUAGCAUUCUAUACAACACCAAGGUGGAGUACAUUUAUUAUGGUAACAUCGAAUCAAAACUCGUUACAAUCACUUGUAAAACACCAACUGGAAAACGGAUGUUGCAAGCUAACCAUGUGAUUGUCACUUGCUCUUUAGGAGUUCUGAAGUCUAAUCAUUCCAAGAUGUUUGUGCCACCGCUGCCACCACGAAAGGUCCAGUCUAUCAAAGCUAUUGGAUUCGGAACAGUCAACAAGAUAUUUUUACAGUGGAAAACACCGUUUUGGAAACGCGGGGAAGGAGGUUUGAAGUUUGCCUGGAAAACAAUGAAUGCAGGAAACAGAAAAAAUUAUUGGUAUCAAAGUUUGUUUGGUUUUGACGAGAUCCUGAACAACGACAACACAUUAAUCGGUUGGAUUCACGGGGAAGGGGCGGAGCAUUUAGAGAGUCUGACGGACCAGGAAGUCAUAACGCAAUGUAUGAUACUGAUCCGACAAUUCUUAGGCAAUCCUAAUAUACCCGAACCUGUCGCAAUCAUUAGAUCCGCCUGGAAAUCCAACGAGUUAUCGUGCGGAUCCUACAGCUAUAUGGCGCAUUUGUCAUCCCCUUCUGAAAUCAACAGUCUGGCAGAGCCCCUGUGUGUGAAUGGGGCACCUGUUGUGUUGUUUGCUGGGGAAGCGACACACCCUCAUUUCUUCUCUACAACACAUGGUGCAAGGGAGUCGGGAAUCAGAGAGGCUAAAUUUCUUGAAAAUUAUUACCUAAAGAAAGGUCCAUCCCCCAAGCUGUGAAUAAAUAUAUUGUAGAAGUAUUGAUCAGCAAAAUGUUUCCAUGUACUAAUAUGAUGCAUCUAGUCUGUUUGCUCCUAUGCAUUUUUUUACCCCACUAUUUUGGCAUAAAUUAAAGUUUCAUAGAGCAUAAUGGUGCUGUACCGAAAUACAGACAAAGCGGUCGUAAUGCCCGUGCUAGCUUUCAGCCAGGAUUGGCCUCGGAAGUCCGGGAUCGGAAGAUGCGUGCGCUACCGAGAAAGUUAUACAUUAUUUCAUCUAGUUUUAAAUGUGUCAUAUCAAAACGAUAAUGAUAUUUAUUUCUCUGAUUCAGUCCAACUGGGCAAGAACAGAACUUUCUACAGAAUAUAGAAAAGAAUGCCAUGUAGUAAAUUUAUUAUUGUACACACGCAUUAUUCCCAUUAAAGAAAAAAGUCUA